AUGUCUUGCAACAACUACUGCUCUAGAAACUACAGCUCAGGAUCGCUCAGAAAUUCCUGCCAUGUUCCUGUCACCUCUUCCUUUGCCCUCUGCCCUACCAGUGUGGGCUAUGGAGAUGCCGUCUGCUUACCCAGUACCUGUCAAGGCAGUACCUGGAUCCUGGACAACUGCCAUGGGACAUGUAGUGACCCAACUAAAGAGACCUGUGGUGAACCCACCAGCUGCCAGCCAGCCAUCUGUGAGCCCAGCAACUGUGAAACUUCUUGCUGCUCUUCCACUGCAUACUAUGUGCCCAGACCCUGCCAAGGAAGCAGCUUUCUUCCUGCAUCUUCCUACAACCAUGGUUCCUGCUUUCCAGUACCCUAUAGACCUCUGAACUAUGGACCUAGCAGCUGCCGUCCACUCAGACCCCUACUCUACAGCUUCCAGCCCUUAGGCUAUGCACCCAGUGGCUAUCGACCCUUAAAUUCUUUCUCUCAUAGCUGCCGUCCCCUGAGCCUCCUCACAUAUGGACACCAACCCUUAGGUUGUUUGGCCGGUGGUCCUCAAUCAUUGAGUUUUGUGCCCAGCAGCCUCAGACCUCUGCAGCCUCUCUCUCGUGGUUGCCAACCGUUGACUCCUGUGGUCAGCACUUGUCAUCCAUCCUGCUAUGCAGUGGGGAGCUGCUAA